AUGUUUAGUUUUAAAAAUGUAAUGAAAUCUAAAAAAAUAAUGUGAACUAAUUUGAAAGCACUUAUAAAUUUAAUAAAUAAAUAACACUUUUGUAAAUCCCGCGAGGUUUAUCUGCAAUUCAUCGGUUAUUGACACAUUACCAAUAUGGCGCUUAAGUGUAAAAGACGUGCUUUUAUGGUAUAUAUUGUAAUCUGAUUCUCAGACAAUUAAACAAUUCUGGAACGUAUCCGUCUUUGCUGUAUUUUGGGUUGAGAAAAACAUUCCUCAAACCUUAAAUCAUGACUUGAAUUUAAGGAAGAAUUUUUUUAUUAUAAUAUGAAAGAUGCAAACUUAAGAGAUUAAAUUUGUAACUGAUACCAAAUAACAAAAAAAUGCCAAGUUUACGCAAGAAGGUAGCUGGCUUUAUGCGCCAACUAUCUAUUAGUAAUUUGGCUGGUGCUGUUGAAAAUAUGGGGCUAGGAGAACAACCUCUUCGUAGUCCAAGAUCAGUAACACAGGAUUUUCCAAGCGAAUGUUUCAUUACGCGGUAUCUUAAUGGAUUAGAAACAAAACAAGAAGGCCCACCGAUUUUGCAUGGUAGAAAUCCAGAGGAAUUACCUAUUAAGCAACUUGGAAAUUAUCAGGAUGAUAAAGAAGUCUUUGCUGCUUUAACAGGCCCAGAUAGUGGACUUACAGCAGUUAAUCUUCAAGAAAGACAUCUAAGUAUGAAUGAUAUUGAUAUUGAUUAUAUUGACAUGUUGGAUCAAAGUGAACAAUAUAGAACAGGAUCAAAUUCAUCUUCCAUUGUAAUUGCUGGAGUUCCAAAUUGGUUUCUUCCUCAUGAAAUGGCUUAUGGUAUUGCUACAACAUUAUAUGAAAAAAAUCCUAUAAAUAAUAUUAACAAUGGAGAACCAAUUGCUGACUGCUUUGGUAUUUCUGCAAGACAAAAUUCAGCAAUAUUGGCUCUGGCUGAUGGUGUCAAUUGGGGUACAAAGGCAAGCAUUGCAGCAAGAUCUGCGGUGCAUGGAAGCAUGGAAUACCUGAAUAAAGCUCUUUUUUCACCUUCGAUAAAUAGUGCUAUAACUACGACAAAAGAUGUUUUUGUAGCCCUCUUACGUUCAUUCCAUGCAGCACAUUCGUUAAUACUUCAGGAACAAGGCAUGCUCACAACAUUGACUGUAUGUGCUGUUCUACCCUUAGAGAGCACAACCACUAAUUCCAGUAUUCACCAUAAAAAAUUUGUGGCUUGUACAUGCAAUGUUGGUGAUAGUUUAGCAUACGUAUACUCAAGAAAAACUGGUGUCAGAGAAAUAACACGAGGAUCUCACGAUAUUCAUUGUAUGCGUGAUAUGCGUGAUGCAUUAGGAGCUUUAGGACCUGUCGAUGGAUCUAACCCAGAAUUAAAUAAUUUAACGCUCGCUAUAACGGAAGUUGAACUUGGCGAUGUCGUAUUCUUAACCAGUGAUGGUAUAUCAGAUAAUUUUGAUCCAGUAGUUGGAAAAUUUGCAGUUCUACCAAAUCAUAAUGCUGCUUCUGAUGUAACAAUAUCAAUGAAAAGUAACAAUGAUGUAAGAACAAAAACAAGAAGAAAAUCAGCAGAAAAUUUACGGCAUACAGAGUCUGGUAAUAGCAACGGAAAUAGUAAUAAUUUACCUGUAGUAGAAGCAUAUCAAAGACACGAGCUUACGCUCCUCAGAAUGGAAGAUUUAUUGAGAAGAGGAGUUUCUGGUGAAGGACCACCAUGUAAUAGUGCCAAACAUCUUUGUGAACUUCUCCUAGAUUUUGCAGUACGUAUUACAGCUGCCAAACGAAGAAUAUUAGAAGAUACAGAUUUAUAUUAUGCACAACACAAAGAUGGUCAAUUAGUGCAAUUGUCCAAGCAAGAACAACGAAGUAGACGGAAAAAGACACUAGAUAAAAUAUCUAUGAUUCCAGGGAAGUUAGAUCACGCAACGGUCGUGGCAUAUGUAGUUGGAGCAUAUAAUUCAUCAGAAUGUAAUCUAUAAUCAUUUCGAAUAUUAGACAUUAUUUUUUAUUUAACAAAAAAAAAAAAAAAAAAGAUAAGCUUUUACAAAAUGUCAAUAUUUCUGUGUCGUAUAAUUUGACAAAAUGUGAAAUUGAAUAUCAGAAUAUAUGGAAAAGAAUUUUGUUAAA